AUGGAUGAUAGGAUUAGACGCCAUGGAGAAUGUCAAAGUUUCAAAGAGGCACCGAGGAUACCGCCAAGAUCGUACAGAAAACCAUCUUCUUUUGGCAAAGUAGGAUUGCUCGAGGUUUCUAACAUUACACUUGUAACUUCAGGGUCAUGGCAGCCAAAUGUAGCAGCUUGGGAAAAGAAAUUUUGCACUUCAGUUUGUUCACUUCCAUGGUUUAAAAUCAUUGAAGCGAAGAAGGUUAUGUCACUAUACCCGAAUGUGAUUCAAUGGAAUGAUUCAGCUGGCCAAGAGGCCUUUAACAAUGCCAAGCACCGGUUUUGGGCAACUAUCAAUGGCCUCCCCAUUGAUAUCAGUCUCCCUGACCCCAAUUUGUACAUAGAUGAAAUAGACUGGAACUGUACUGUUGAUCAGGAGCUGCUAGCAGAUUUAGAUCGAGCACUACUACAUUCUGAUGAUGACGAUGAGAAAGAGGAGAAGUCUGUGCUUAUUGGUGAUUCUGUCUUCUUCUUAAAUCAACUAGUUCCAUGCUCCGGAUGGGGUGAUGAUGCAAAGGAAGAUCUAGCCAGAAUUGAGGACAAUACUGCUGACAAUCAUUGGGAGUGUGGAUGUGCUGCUUGGGGGAAUUUGUUAGAUAAUAAUACCACAUGGGGAGACACCAGAGGUAGCUCAUUGUUGAAGAAGAAGAAUACCAAUAACUGGGAGAAUCCAAAACCCAACGGGAUUAAUGCAAGUUGGGGAAACAUUUCCAGGUAUUCAGGCGGGCCAAUUAGUCAUCAUGGAUCCAGGGAAGCAGGCAAUCUGUGGAGUUGGGAGAAGAAGAAUACCAAUAACUGGGAGAAUCCAAAAUCCAGCAGGAUUAAUGCAAGUUGGGGAAACGUUUCCAGGUAUUCAUGCGGGCCAAUUAGUCAUUGUGGAUCCAGGGAAGCAUCCAAUCUGUGGAGUUGGGAGAAGAAGAAUACCAAUAACUGGGAGAAUCCAAAACCCAGCAGGAUAAAUGCAAGUUGGGGAAACGUUUCAAGGUAUUCAUGCGGGCCAAUUAGUCAUCGUGGAUCCAGGGAAGCAGGCAAUCUGUGGAGUUGGGAGAAUUCUGUUGCUUAG